GCCCACAUAAGAGCUGUAUACGGUUGCCCAUCCAGAUAUUGUGCAAAGGAUAUCUGACCUCUUGGCCCCAGGCACCUGUUACGUAAAAGCCCUUCUUGUUGCAGACGAGCUCUUGCCAAGAUAGGAUCAGAUCGCGCGUUAACACAAUGGAGUCACAGAGGACUAUUGGCUCCAGGGCCAGCAGGGUGACUGGCGCUCGCAGUAUCCGCCCAGGACAGCUGCUGCUUUCACAAUGCGGUCGUAUCGCCAACAAGAACUUGGUAGCUGCCGCAACAUCGGAGACUGUGCCGGUGGCCCCGACUCCGACCAACUACAAGGGAGUCAGCCUUCCGACGCCCCCUAGUGGCAGCGUCCCAGCUGCUGGCAACAUCCUGCCUUUCACUCCCUCCUUGAAGGACAGCAACGCCGUGACGGCUAAAGCCAAGCAGCAGGCGCCUAUGGACGGUAACGAGGCAACAGCCCAGAUCGCGUAUGCCGUGUCGGAUGUCACGUUCAUCUAUCCCAUCACCCCAUCGACCACCAUGGGCGAGCUGGCAGACCAGUGGUCCUCCGAGGGCCGGCUGAACGUGUUUGGCAAUGUGAUGAGUGUUACCGAGAUGGAGAGCGAGACGGGUGCAGCCGGUGCCCUUCACGGCGCUCUUGCCGCCGGCAGCCUGGCCACCUCCUUCACCUGCUCCCAGGGUCUGCUCCUGAUGGUGCCUAACAUGUACAAGAUCUCUGGCGAGCUGACUCCCUGCGUGCUGCACGUGACUGCGCGCGCCAUUGCCAAGCACGCGCUGUCCAUCUUCGGCGACCACCAGGACGUCAUGGCCGUGCGCCAGACCGGGUGGGCCAUGCUGUGCAGCCACAGCGUGCAGGAGGCGCAUGACAUGGCGCUGGUGGCGCACCUUGCCACCCUGCGCGCCAGCGUGCCCUUCGUGCACUUCUUCGAUGGCUUCCGAACCAGCCACGAGAUCAACACCAUUGAGACCAUCAGCAACGAAACUGUUAAGGCGCUGCUGAACAAGCCGCUCUACGUGGACGCAAUCCAGCACCACCGCUCCCGCGCCCUGAACCCCACGCACCCGCACCAGCGCGGCACGGCCCAGGGCUCGGACGUGUACUUCCAGUGCGCUGAGGCCGCUAACCCCUUCUACGACCGUGCGUUUGACCACGUGGUUGCCGCCAUGGAGGAGGUGGCUGCCGUCACCGGGCGCAAGUACAAGCCGUACGAGUACUACGGUGCGGAGGACGCCGACAAGGUGAUCGUCAUCAUGGGCAGCGGCAGCCAGGCGGUUGAGGAGGCGGUCGACUACCUGAACGCCAACGGCCACAGGGUUGGCGUGCUCAAGGUACGGCUGUUCCGUCCGUGGAAGGCGGAGGCGUUUCUGGAGGCCCUGCCCGCCUCGGCCCGCAAGGUGUGCGUGCUGGACCGCACCAAGGAGAGCGGCUCGUACGGCGAGCCCCUCUACCUGCAGGUCGCCACCACGCUGCAUGAGGCGGAGCUGGAGGACCCCUCACUCACGCGGCGCUACGUUGUUGGUGGGCGCUUCGGCCUCGCUUCCAAGGAGUUCCUGCCUUCUCAUGCGGUUGCGGCCUUUGAGAACCUGGAUGCGGAGAAGCCCAUGCGCGACUUCAGCGUCGGCAUCGUGGACGACGUGACGCACCGCAGCCUGCCCGCCUCCAAGCUGCUGCCCGUGGGCGUGUCCACGCUGCCCACCGGCACCUUCGAGUGCCUGUUCUGGGGCAUGGGCAGCGACGGCACGGUGGGCGCUAACAAGGAGGCGAUCAAGAUCAUCGCCAGCAACACCAGCAUGUCCGCCCAGGCCUACUUCUCUUAUGACGCGCACAAGUCGGGCGGUGUGACGGUGAGCCACCUGCGCUUCGGCCCCAGCAAGAUCCGCGCGCCUUACCUGGUGCAGCAGGCCGACUACCUGGCCGUCAACCACCAGUCCUACCUAGCAAAGUACGACACGCUCUCCGCCGUGAAGCCCGGCGGCGUCGUUGUGAUCAACACCCGCUUCACCAACGUGGAGUCGCUGUCCAACUACCUGCCCGCCAAGGUUAAAAAGCAGCUUGCCGCGCUGAAGCCGCAGCUGUACCUGAUCGACGCGCUGGCGGUGGCCAAGGCCACGGGGCUGGGCAAGCACGUCAACAUGGUCAUGCAGACCGUGUUCUUCAACCUGAGCGGCGUGCUGCCCAUGGAGCGCGCCAUCGCGCUGCUCAAGAAAUCCAUCUCCAAGGCCUACGAGCGCAAGGGACCGGAGGUCGUUGCCAAGAACCACGCAGCCGUGGACGCAGCCGUCAGCUCUCUGUGCAAGGUGGAGAUCCCCGCAUCAUGGGGAGAGCUCGAGACGGCGGCUGUGCACCCCAACCCGCCAUCCAAGGUGGCCUCCAGCAGCCGCCUGGAGUUCCUGGAGAAGGUUGCGCAGCCCAUGCUGGCACUGGAGGGCGACAAGCUGCCCGUCAGCGUCUUUUCGCCGGAGGGCUUUGUGCCGCCUGGCACCACGGUCAUCGAGAAGCGCGCCAUCGCCUCCUCCGUCCCCAUUUGGAAGGCCGAGAACUGCACGCAGUGCAACAUCUGCUCCUUCGUGUGCCCGCACGCCGCCAUCCGCCCUUCGCUGGCCGCGCCAUCAGAGCUGGGCAGCGCGCCCGCGACCUUCAACACCAUUGACGCCAAGGGCCCCGGCAUGAAGGGCCUCAAGUACCGCAUCCAGGUGUCGCCGUACGACUGCACGGGCUGCGACCUGUGCACGCAUGCCUGCCCGGACAAUGCGCUGGCGGCUCAGCCCAUCAACUCGGUGUUGGAAGAACAGAGCAUCAACUGGGACUAUGCCACGACUCUUCCCGGCCGCACGGCGCUCAUGGACCCUGCCAGCGUCAAGGGCUCCCAGCUGCAGCCGCCGCUGAUGGAGUUCUCGGGCGCCUGCGAAGGCUGCGGUGAAACGCCGUACGUGAAGCUGCUGACGCAGCUCUUCGGCGACCGACUGCUCAUCGCCAACGCCACGGGCUGCAGCUCCAUCUGGGGAGGCUCCGCGCCGUCCAACCCCUACACCACCAACGCCGAGGGCUUCGGCCCCGCCUGGGCCAACUCCCUGUUCGAGGACAAUGCACAGUUCGGCCUGGGCAUUGCCACCGGUGCUGCACAGCGCCGGGAGGCCCUGCACCGCCGCGUGCAGGAGGCGCUGGCGUCCGGUGUGUCUGUGAGCGCUGGACUGCGUGAGGCGCUCGCCAGGUGGGCUGACCACUACCAGGAGGCCGAGGUAGCCAACGUCGUCGCCAAGGAGUUGCAGCCGCUGCUGGAACGCGAGAAGGACGCCGUCCCGUCCAUCUACGCCGAGCAUGACAUGCUGCACAAGCCCUCCACUUGGAUCGUCGGCGGCGACGGUUGGGCGUACGACAUCGGCUUCGGCGGCCUGGACCACGUGCUCGCUUCCGGAGAGAACGUCAAUAUCAUGGUGCUGGACACGGAGGUGUACAGCAACACCGGCGGACAGCGCUCAAAGGCCACGCCCAUGUCGGCGGUCGCCAAGUUCGCCGCUGGUGGCAAGGAGCGGCCCAAGAAGGACCUGGGCGCCAUUGCCAUGAGCUACGGGGACGUGUACGUGGCGUCCGUGUCCCUGCACGCCAACUACGGCCAGGUGGUGAAGGCCAUGACGGAGGCUGAGCGCUACCCGGGUGUCAGCCUCCUGCUGUGCUACUCGCCCUGCAUCAUGCACGGCAUGACGGGUGGCAUGUGCAGCUCCCUUGAUGCCAGCAAGAUGGCGGUUGAGUCUGGCUACUGGCCGCUGUACAGGUACAACCCGUCCAUUAACGAGGACGCCACGCACCACCGCUUCCAGCUGGACUCCAAGAAGCUCAAGAGUGAGCUGGAGCAGCUGCUCAAGCACGAGAACCGCUUCCAGAUCCUGGCCCGCAAGGCGCCCGAGGUGGCUGGAAAGCUGCACCAGGACCUGGACGAGGCGGUGCACGCCCGCCACGACAGGUACAAGAGCAUGGCUGCUGGCGACUAUUCGGCGCCGGGCCACGCGCCAAGCCGCGACGUGUCGCCCAAGGCUAGCUGCGAUGAGCCGAAGAAGGGCGGCUGCUGCGGCGGAAACGGAAACUGCUAGAAAAAGUACUACCGGUAUUGCGGUUUGAAGAGUGAAAAUAAAGAGCAUGAUGGUAAGGGUACGGAUGACGCUGUUUACCUUCCGGUUUUUUCUGCAGCAACGCUGGCGUACUGCAUUAUGUGCCUGCAGGCUGUUGUGUUUGCCAAUAACGAGCAUGUGUGCAUGUGGCAAGAUGUGAUCUUAAGCAAAACAGGUAGUUAGAUUCCGGCGGUGGGUACCAAAGAUUGCGGUGCUUUCACUGCUAGGGUUUUCCCAGGCACGCUCUUCCUAGUGUGCUGGUCUCCAGUGAUUCUUUGUCUGAUGUAUUGAACGGCAUAUGCCUUAUGUUGACUGCGCCGGUGCAAUUUGCCGGUCAGUUGGAGUUGCUGAACGUGAAAAAAUGGCUAAUAAUAAUCUCCUGCGCUACUGCCGUGACACGUGGGCGUGCAUGCUUAUCGCAGGACAAGCCCAUUGGACAGUGAAGUAUCGCGCGAGCACAUAUGCUCUAUUGCAGUGUCUUAUUCGGCUAUAAAUAGUGUGGUGCAUGUUCCCAGUGAGUCCCCUGUGCUUUCCUUGGUUUCACGUACGUUACUGUAGGGCCCCUCCGGCGAUUUCUAUUAGCGCUGCGCUGCAUUUGCCAUGGUUGCAGUUCCUGAACAAUGCAUUGUUUGUUGAAGACAGGCUUCAAUGGUAGUGUAUAGAAUACGGCUGUAGUUUUUGUUAUGGAAGUAAUGCAACCGUACGGUAGGUUGACGGUUGGGUCAUGGGACGCUCCUUCCAGCUUAGUCUUGCGGCAGGCGGCUAGCUUUGUUUGAAGUGUAACAUGAGAG